GCCGUUAUGAACAUCCGCAAUGCUCGGCCAGACGACCUGGUUAACAUGCAGCACUGCAACCUCCUUUGCCUGCCUGAGAACUACCAGAUGAAAUACUAUUUCUACCAUGGCCUUUCCUGGCCCCAGCUUUCGUACAUUGCUGAGGACGAGGACGGGAAGAUUGUGGGCUACGUCCUGGCCAAAAUGGAGGAGGAUCCAGACGACGUCCCCCAUGGGCAUAUCACCUCACUGGCCGUGAAGCGUUCACACCGUCGCCUCGGCCUGGCCCAGAAGCUGAUGGACCAGGCCUCCCGGGCCAUGAUAGAGAACUUUAGUGCCAAGUACGUGUUCCUGCAUGUCCGGAAGAGUAACCGAGCAGCCUUGCACCUGUAUUCUAACACCCUCAACUUUCAGGUUAGUGAGGUGGAACCCAAAUACUAUGCAGACGGGGAAGAUGCUUACGCUAUGAAGCGAGAUCUCUCGCAGAUGGCAGAUGAGCUGAGAAGGCAGCUGGAGCUGAAGAAGUGCGGGUGCGUGGUGUUGGGCUCCGGGGAAAACCAGGAAACGCAGGGAAACACACUUCCUAGUUCUCGAGAGGAUGGUCAGGAGGAGAGCCCCGCCGCUGGCAAUGGCGGCAGUGACAGCAAGGAACCCAGCGAGUCCACGGAGAGCACCGAUGUCCAGAACAGCUCAGAAGAUUCAGAUUCCACCUCCUAG